AUGUCCAAGCCCUUAUUCGAAGCGUAUCCUCUCACAGGGCUUGAUCAUACGAUUCCUCCAUGUUAUGUUCGCUUCUUUCUAACUUUCCCCGUGCCGGAUGUGGCAUUGGCUGUCAAUCAGCUGCAAAAGGGAGCUGACAAUUUCAUCGAGAAACUUCCUUUCCUGGCCGGAUAUUUGGCUCCAUGCGAGACCCCCGGCGUACGCCCAGGGCAGCUCGAGAUUCGACCUCCCGCUGGGGAAAGGAGACCUGUCUGCCUCGUCGCACAUCACUCGAACUCCUGUCUCGCAGAUUCCAGUGCGACGUCGACGACGGAACAGCUGGGCACCGCCAACGAGAACUAUCUCCCGGUCCCUUUCUUCCCGGAGCUAGACAAGCCGGUGCCCAUCUUCCGGGUCAAGGUGAAUGCCAUGACGGACGGCAUCAUUCUGGGAUUUGCGUUCCACCAUAGCGUGAUCGAUGCCACCGGGAUUGGCACCAUUGUCCGGGACUUUGCCAGAUGCUGCCGUGGCCCUGAUGGCGGUCCCCUUGAAAUCAGUCUGGAGUCUCAGCACGACUCUAGAGAGAAGCUGAGACACUCCGGAGGACCUCCCGAUCCGCGGUUUGAGCACGGUAGGGAGUACCCUCUCGUGGCGUCUCUGCCCGCCGACCUCGAAGGCAUGAAGCAGGUCUUGAUCCAGACGGCCCGUCUCAUGUCGACGCAGUAUUUCCGCAUCCCUGCCAGCCUAGUCAAUGCGCUAAAGGAAACCUGCAAUCAGAUGCUUCGGGAAUCACCAGCGCUCAGGGACGAAGGGGAGAAUCCAUGGAUUUCGAGCAACGAUCUGGUGGUGUCGCUGUUGUGGCUGUGUCUGAAUCGCGUUCGGUAUCCUGCAGAGAAUACCAACGUCAUUCCUCCAUCCGAUUCCUCGGUCUGCAUGGCCGUGAAUAUCCGAGGGCGUAUGCAGUCGCCCAUUGAUCCAGGAUACGUUGGCAACGCCAUCGUCCUUCUCCGGGAGAGCGUUGGCAUGAAUGCGUUUCUGCAUAAACUGGGCGACGAUGAUCCCCUGGGCGCCCAAUGUUACGAAACAGCGAAACGGCUAGGCCGAGAAGCGUGGGAAGCAGCCCUGGUGCGCAUCGCCCUGGCCAUCCGCCGCAAGCUCAACACCAUAAAUGAGAGUUACGUGCGCAGUGUUAUCUCCUAUCUGGAGGACGUCCCCGACCUGUCCACUGUGGCGUUUGGCCAGACAGACUACCACAUCAGCAGCUGGCGGGACAUUGGCGUCUACGAGGCUGAUUUUGGUGGUCACAUGGGCCAUCCCAGCGACAUGCGAGUACCAGAUGGGAUGGUCGAUGGCAUGUUUUACAUCUUACCUCGAAGGCAGGGAACACACCCUUGCUGGGAGAUCCAUGUUACUAUCCACCAGGACACAAUGAAGCGACUCAUUGCAGACCCUGUGUGGGCACGAUAUACAGCGGGAAAGACUCCAUCACUCUGCCGGGAUGGAUGA